AGCAAGCAUCCCUCAGGCUCAGGGAUGACGACGUUGAUUGCAGCCAGGCCUGGAGCCAGUAUAGUGCGGCGUGGGGACUCUGCCCUAUCAUCUCAAAGUCACAACGACGGCCCCCGUCUGGAAGGAUGUCAUCGAUCCUACGAAGAGCCUCCUGAGCUGUCCCCAUUCUCCUUCUUCGUCCUGAGUCGUUGUUUUGUAGCUCGACUUUGACUUCAGCCGCAACAACUCGAAAGUCGGCCCACAUAUACGUGCCGGCUCCGAAUCGUGCCUCGUGUGCCGCGGUCUCACUGUGCUGCUCCGGAACUAGCCCCGCUCCCUCGUGGUCGACUUUGAGAUCAGCCACCAGGAUGAACAACGGGAUGGAUCUGCUCAACGCCCACGAUGGCGGCGUCGACGUCGACUUCAGUAAGCUCAGCACCGCCGACGUCGACUUCACCCUGUUCGACGACUCGGCCAUGCUCGAUGCUGACCAGCUGCUCCUUUUCGAGCCCAGCAUCGAGGCCGACGAUGCUGUUCCUUCCAUCCCCAGGCCGUAUCACGCCAAACGCCCGCACAAGAAGUCGCGCGCCGGCUGCACAAACUGCAAGCGCCGCAAGGUCAAGUGCUCAGAGACGAGGCCGGCAUGCCAGGCCUGCGUUCUGCGCAAGGACACGUGCGUCUAUCCCAAGCCUCCACCAAAUGUCACGCCUCCGACCACGUCUCUGCGCGGCAGCUCGUCUCCAGGGACCCCACAGAGCAAGGCUCUUGCCCUCUCGCCAUCACACAGCAAUCGAGGGGACCGGUCCCCGUCGGUCGUCAACAUCGACCCGGCCGAGAUCAUCACCAAAGAGCCCCUCUUCCGGCCCCCCGGAAUGAACGACAUGACCGAGAUGAAACUGCUCUGGUUCUACACCACAGAGACCUUUUCGUCGUUCUCUGUCGAGACCCGCCGCUCUCGCCUCAUCGACGAUGCCCUCCGGGUCAAGGUUGUGGAACACGCCUUCCAGUCCCCUUUCUUGAUGCAGUGCCUGCUGGGACUAUCAGCAUUGCAGCUCCGAAGUCUGGGGCAGCCGAUGACGGCUAAGAAAGCGGCAGAGUACUCGUCAAAGGCAUUCGAAGGGUACCGCAGUGCCAUACAGAACGCCGAGCCUGGCGACUAUCCGGCUCUGCUAGCCGCCUCCCUGCUCAUGUGCGCCCUGAGCACCGAAAUGUUCCGCGAGCAAGAAAAGAAGCGACUCUGUGUCAUCGACUGGAUGACUGUGUGGCGAGGCAUUGGCUUGAUCGUGGACCUGAUCACGCCCAAGUCCAUCCACGAGUCGGGGCUUGCAGUUCUCUUCUAUCGCCCACCGAUAGACCUGGAGAAGACCUUCCGCUUUAUACCCAACAACCUGUUGUUCAUGGUGUCAUCGAUCACGCCGGACGACGCCGACUACCCGCAUCAACAAGUCUAUUACGAUGCACUGAAGUACCUUGGCUCGUUAUAUAUGGAACUCCAGCACGGCUUCAGCCCGAUUCUCGACUUGCGAGUCAUCACCUUCUUCACUUUCAUUCCUAGGUUGUUCUUGCCCUUGGCUCGGGAGGAACGCCCGCGGGCCCUGAUCAUCCUGGCACAUUACCUGAUCUUCACCAAACUCAACACAAACGUCUGGUGGAUGCAGGGCCUCGCCGACCGCGAAAUUGAGGAAAUAUGCCACAUAGUGGGCGAUGAGCGGUCGCACCUGACGGCCGUGCCCAGGAAAGUCCAGCUGGCCACGGACAAGGUCGAGAUUGCGCGCAUCAUCAUUGACAACCACAACUGGAAUCCGACCGAGCAGGACUUCGUCAACCGGCUGAACAGGGACCCACGCACGGCGACGCUGGCGCUGAUCAACGAUGAGGGCAAGAAGGUUCGGAUCGAGGGCAACGCGUGGGUGUUGACCACCGACUCCGAGGCCGUUGCAGAGGCCCUCAAGUCUUCGCCGGACAAGCUCAAGCCGUGUUUCCCGAGCCACGAGCGUCUCAGUGAUGGGCUAGUCACCGAGCUGCCAGCGCAGACCCCACCUUCUCCGACACCGCAGUUUUUGCAGGAAACAGCGUCAGCGUCGUCUCUCGUUGACAACUCUCUGCCUAUUGAGGUAGUAACUCCCUACAACAGCCGCUUCGCCGACGAAGCCAGCACCCCAGCAUGUGUGGAAGGUGGGGACCUUUCAUCCUAUAAGCCUGGCCUGGCUGCCUAUACGAAUAGCAACAACAAUAGCCCUGGCGUCGGCAGCAGUCCAGAAAGGGAGGAUGGUAUACUCGCAGCAACAGCGUCAUCUACACUCCACGCUUAUAGUGCCAGCCCAGCAGGAUCCGCCAUCACACCGGGGUCGUCAUUACACUCGCCUGCCUCUGCCUCGUACACGACGCCCAGUUUACCGCUGAGUGAUAAUCAAAACAACGGCGACAUUGACAGGGGCACAGCAGAAGAGAAAUGGGCGCUGAUGGGCAAGCUUGACGGCCGCAGCCGGGACCUUGGCGAAUUCGUGCGGCUCGCGAACAGCGAGGAUGACUUGCUCAGCAAGCAGCUCAACAUAUGAUGUGAAGGGUGCGUGGAUCCUGUGUAGUCUUGGGGGCGGCUUUUUCCCAACCCAUCAUUGCGGACGUUGUGCGCAGUAGACGUCCAGCGAGCAUGCGUGUCAGCGAUUUAUAAGAUUGUUUGUUCUGGGUUUGGGAUAUGGCGCAAUUUGGUGUCAUUGCUUGCAUACCUGCUUUUUUUCUGUGAUGCCGCCCUCUCUCCCAGCUCGCCUUGAUUCGCGGACCAGAUCAGGCAGGAUUCCUUUCACAGGGACGUACAGCUAUCCUGAGUCUGGACAUUCAUAUAUACCCCCCUCUCUUGCCCUUCACCCUCCUUCCGUCACUUAUAUAUAGCUACGAGCAUGUAUGGGUUUGGUUGUCAGGAUGAGAAUAUCGAAUGGAUG